AUGCAGACUUCUUUCAGCUCGGUGUUGCGACGACAGGUUUUCCAGCUGCGCAGGCCAACAAGCGUGCAGCGCUACUACCCCUUGUUGGGUGCAGUGUGCGCGCGCAGCAAGUCGAACGUAGCAAGUGAGCUGAAAAAGCCUGAGGAAUCUGAAGCUGGGGCCCUCGAUCUCAACCAUUUGAUCACAGCCAACCGCUGGUCGAGCGAGGAACUUGCAGCUGUCAAGAAGACGCACCGAGAGCCUGCCGACUGGGUUGACUGGGCAUCUUACAUGACGGUGAAGACCCUGCGGUCGAGCUUCGAUCUUUUCUCGGGCUACAAAUUCCGAACUUCCCUUGGCUCCAUGCAUGAGAGGGACUGGAUUCGUCGUGUGAUCUUCCUGGAGACGGUGGCAGGGGUGCCAGGUAUGGUGGCAGGCAUGGUGCGACACCUGCACUCCUUGCGCCUCAUGCGUCGGGACCAUGGCUGGAUUCAUUCCUUGCUCGCAGAGGCGGAGAAUGAACGAAUGCACCUGCUCAUUGCACUCAAUUUGCGACGUCCUGGCCCUGUCUUCCGGGCAAUUGUCAUUGCAGGACAGGGGGUAUUUCUUACUUGGUACAGCUUGAUGUACCUUAUCUGCCCCCGAUACUGUCAUCGCUUCGUUGGAUACCUCGAGGAGGAGGCUGUUAUCACAUAUACCAAGCUUCUCGAGGCCAUUGAUGGUGGACAGCUGCCGAUGUUUUCAAACAUGAAGGCUCCGCUCUUUGCCCGCCAGUACUACAACCUCCCCAAGGAAGCGAUGGUUCGGGAUGUCUUCGAGCAAAUCCGAGCCGACGAAGCCUGCCAUCGCGACACCAACCACGUCUUCUCAGAUCUGAAGGCGGACGAGCCGAAUACACAAGUCGAUCAUCUGCGGAAGGGCCACUUUCAGAACCAGAACGUGCAUUCCGGGGUGCUGAGGCUCCAGAGGGAAGCCCAAAGCAAAGUCUUGCAUGAAACGUUCGAGAGCUUGGACCACGACCAUGAUGGCUUCAUCAGCACUGAUGAUUUGCGGUGGGCUUUUCAGCAACACGAUACGCCCUUCUCAGAAGAGGAAUUGAACGCGAUGGUCAGGAAAGCAGACAGGAAUGGCGACGGGAAGAUUGACUAUCAGGAGUUUGUGAAAGUCAUGAGCGAGGGCGACUUCCACUGA